AUGGAUGGAUGGAUGGAUGGAUGGAUGGAUACCGGAUGGAUAGAGAAUGGAUGGACGGAUGGAUCUCUAAAGGAUGAGUGGUUGUACCCUGAUACUUGUGCACGAGGACGUUGCGAUGAAUGCGUGCCUACUCUGACUGAUUGGACUGAAAGAAAUUGGAGAAGUUUUAUUGAAUGGAAAAACAGCUUGACAACGAAAGGAGACACGUGGGUUCUUUUGGAACUUGACAAAUGUCAAGUGAUUUUGUCUGCUGACUCUCUGCAAAUGCACUUUUUUUGUGGCUAUCACACUAAUGUUUCACUUAUUUACCAACCUUGA